UUCCUGUGUCCUCCCCGCGCCGGCGCUGAGGCGGCGGCGGUGGCGGGAUCCGCUGCUCCCCGCCUCGCGCGCCAGGCCCAGCGCAGCGCCCCGGCCCCAGGGCAGCAUGGGCGGCGCCCGGGACGUGGGCUGGGUGGCGGCGGGCCUGGUCCUCGGGGCCGGUGCCUGCUACUACAUUUACAAGCUGGCGCGGGGCCGGCGGCGAGGCGCCCGCGGGCUUCGGCUGCGCCCCUCGCGCUCGGCAGAAGACUUAAUCAAUGGUUCAUACGAUGAUGUCCUAAAUGUUGACCAGCUCCAGAAACUCCUCUACCUGCUUGAGUCAACUGAUGAUCCUGUAAUUAUUGAAAAAGCUUUGGUCACUCUGGGUAACAAUGCAGCCUUUUCAGCUAACCAAGUCAUUAUACGUGAAUUGGGUGGUAUUCCAAUCAUUGGAAGCAAAAUCAACAAUCCCAACCACAGCAUUAAAGAGAAAGCUUUAAAUGCGUUGAAUAACCUGAGUGUGAAUGUUGAAAAUCAAGUCAAGAUAAAGGUAUACGUCAAUCAAGUCUGUAAGGAUGUCCUCUCUGGUCCCCUGGACUCUGCCGUGCAGCUGGCUGGGCUGAGACUAUUAACAAACAUGACCGUGACCAACGACCACCAGCACAUGCUUACUGAUUACGUCACAGACCUGUUCCACGUGUUGCUUACGGGGGAUGGAAGCACCAAGGUUCAAGUUUUGAAACUGCUUGUGAAUUUGUCUGAAAAUCCAGCCAUGACAGAGGUACUACUUGGUGCCCAAGUGGAUUCCUCAUUCCUUUCCCUUUAUGACGGCCACGUGGCAAAGGAGAUUCUUCUUCGAGUCCUGACGCUAUCUCAGAAUAUAAACAACUGCCUCGAAAAAGGUUCUUUAGCUGUUCAGCCUACUUUCCCUAAAGGUUCCCUGUUCUUCCUGUUAUAUGGAGAAGAGUGUGCCCAGAAAAUGAGGGCCUUAGCCAAACACCAUGAUGCAGACGUGAAGGAAAAGGUAACAGUCAUACCCAGGUUCUGACUAGUUUUCAUCUGCCAGCUGCAGAAUCUUAAACAGUAAAUACCACAUUUCAUUAUUAACCCAGCUAGAACCUGCCAUGGUCUUGUGGCUUAUUUUGAGCCAGUUUUGAACCAUUUGAUUGAUACCAAAUGAACUGAAGAGCUUUUUCUAACACCCUUUUCUUUUCAUUUUGCUGUUUGCCAAGAUUACUUCAAUUAUUUCCUUAAUGUGACGCGACAGUUGCCUUAUUUACAUGUCAGCUAACCUUGCGUCCUUGGAAGUGCUGUGCUGUCACCUGCCUUCAUGUGUGACUGGGUGGUUGCUGCAGGGCCGCAGGCCAGCCCAGCCAUACUGCUUCCAAAAGUCUCUUCUCAUCAUGAGAGUUUAUUCUGAGUCCAUGUGUCUCCUCGCCCUCACCACUCCCUUUCCGUAGGCCAGCCUCUGAAGAUGCAGCGUGUGACUCCGUCCAUAGGCAACUGGUUAAAUCAGUUCUCUCAUCUUAAAUAAGGAGUCUGAAUGUGCUCAUGUGGAAAGGCAUCCAGGAAAUGGCUGGGUUUUUUUUUAAAUGAAAACUAUUUAUGCUUAUAUCCAGAGAGAUUGAUUUCUGGGAGUGGGAUGAAGGAAGGAGCUUUCCUAUGUACACCUUCUACCAUUUGAAUUUUUUAACUGUCAGCAUGAAUUUUAUAAUUUUUUAAAUAAAAAAGAAAAAACAAG